CAUGCGCAGUGCUUUGAAUUUCGGGCUUGGUCUGUUACACAACUGUGUCUUUCUUCAUUCUGCCUACAGCUCCUCGCCGGCAUUUUACUUUAACAGGCUUUUAACUGUGUUAUUUUAAAAAUAAGACCCAUAGAAAUGAGUGGGGGCCAUUCCCACAACGAUUCCCAGAUCGACUCGGGAUCCAGACAUAAUGAUUCUCACAAACACAAAGAUAAAUACAAGGACAAAGAACACAAACACAAGGACCACAAGAAAGACAAAGAACGUGAGAAAUCAAAGUACAGCAACAGCGAACACAGGGACUCCUCGGAUAAAAAGCACCGAGAUAAAGAUAAAGAGAGGCUGAAGCUCAAAGAUGGAUCCUCAGACAAGCAGAAGGACAAACACAAAGAGAAGAAAAAGGAGGAAAGGUCUUUCGAUGGCAAGCCCAAAAAAGAGAAAGAGAAUGGAUUUGAAAGCCCUUUCAUCAAGUCUGAACCUGAGAAUGAUGACUUCUACCACUCUCCUAAACACGAGAAGUCUCUGAAGAGAGAGCGUGAUGAUGACGAUGCCGAGUUUAAGCCCAAAAAAAUUAAAACCGAGGAAAGCGAAAAGAAGGCAAAGAAACGGAAACAGGAAGACGAGGACAUUAAGCCCAAAAAGAAAACAAAAGACAAGAAAGGAGAAGCUGCCACAGAUGGCAAGAAAAAAGGAAAAAAAGAGCCAGAAGAGAAGUGGAAAUGGUGGGAGGAAGAGAGAUACACAGAUGGAGUGAAAUGGAAGUUUUUGGAACACAAAGGACCUGUAUUUGCGCCACCAUAUGAGCCUAUUCCCAGCAAUGUCAAGUUCUAUUAUGACGGAAAACACAUGAAACUCAGCCCGGGUGCAGAGGAAGUGGCCACCUUCUUCGCAAAAAUGUUGGACCAUGAGUACACCACUAAGGAUAUUUUUCGGAAAAACUUCUUCAAAGAUUGGAGGAAGGAAAUGACGUCUGAAGAGAAAUCCAAAAUCUCAGAUCUGAACAAGUGUGACUUCUCUGAAAUGAGUGAAUAUUUCAAAGCUCAAUCUGAAGCCAGGAAGGCCAUGACUAAAGAAGAGAAACAAAAAAUUAAAGAGGAGAAUGAGCGCAUGCUGCAGGAGUAUGGCUUCUGUGUCAUGGACAAUCACAAAGAGCGCAUUGCUAACUUCCGUAUUGAGCCUCCAGGCUUGUUCCGUGGCAGAGGUGACCAUCCGAAAAUGGGCAUGCUGAAGCGCCGUAUCCGUCCUGAGGACAUUAUCAUUAACUGCAGCAAGGAUUCAAAGCAUCCUAAACCACCACCUGGGACAAAGUGGAAGGAGGUGCGUCAUGACAACAAGGUGACGUGGCUGGUGUCCUGGACUGAGAAUAUCCAAGGCUCUAUCAAAUACAUCAUGUUGAACCCCAGUUCAAGGAUCAAGGGAGAGAAGGAUUGGCAGAAAUAUGAAACGGCCCGUCGGUUGAAAAAAUGUGUGGAUCGGAUCCGUGCGCAAUACCGUGAGGACUGGAAAUCAAAAGAGAUGAGGAUCAGACAGCGCGCUGUUGCUCUUUACUUCAUUGACAAGCUGGCUCUAAGAGCAGGUAAUGAAAAGGAGGAAGGAGAGACGGCUGACACAGUGGGCUGCUGCUCACUUAGAGUGGAGCAUCUAACUCUCCAUCAAGAGAUGGACGGCCAGGAGUAUGUGGUGGAGUUCGACUUCCUUGGUAAAGACUCCAUUAGAUACUACAACAAAGUCCCCGUAGAGAAGAGGGUUUUCAAAAAUCUUCAGCUGUUCAUGGAGGACAAGGAGCCGGAGGAUGACCUCUUCGACCGUCUCAAUACCUCCAUUUUGAACAAGCAUCUUCAGGAGCUGAUGGAUGGACUUACGGCUAAAGUGUUCCGUACUUACAACGCCUCCAUCACACUACAGCAGCAGCUGAAUGAACUCACAACCUCUGAAGACAAUGUUCCUGCAAAGAUCCUUUCCUACAAUCGUGCUAACCGAGCAGUAGCCAUCUUGUGUAACCACCAGAGGGCACCACCCAAGACGUUUGAGAAGUCCAUGCUAAAUCUUCAGACAAAGAUUGAUGCAAAGAAGGAACAGCUUGCCGAUGCUAAAAGAGAACUGAAGAGUGCCAAGGCUGACGCCAAAGUACGCAGAGAUGAGAAAUCCAAGAAGGCCGUGGAGUCCAAGAAGAAAGCCGUGCAGAGGAUCGAGGAGCAGCUGAUGAAGCUGGAGGUACAGGCCACCGACCGGGAGGAGAACAAGCAGAUCGCCCUGGGUACCUCCAAGCUCAACUACCUGGACCCACGUAUCUCAGUAGCCUGGUGCAAGAAGUUUGGCGUCCCGAUAGAGAAGAUCUACAACAAAACUCAGCGUGAGAAAUUUGCCUGGGCUAUCGACAUGGCUGAGAAAGACUAUGAAUUUUAAACCCUCUUUGCAAUUUUACUUCUCCCUCCACCCCAUCUUUUAUUUUAUUUUUUUUAAUUUUAAUUUUUAAUAGAUACUUUUAGUCUAAGUGAUUUCCAGCAGGUUAUGAACCUGGCAAGGGAAAAGAUGUGAAGCAAGCAUAGUGUCGAGGAGGCCUGAAUGUCAUGAUUUGGGUGACUGAUUUUUAUUUUUUUUAGGCUAUGACCUGUAAUCUUGUAGGUUUUAUUGGGUCGGUCUUUUAAGAAUGAAGUAUGGACGGCCUGUGCGUGAGGUUGCAUGGUCUUUAAGCCAGGAACUGGAGAAUCAGUGGCUUGACCUUUUGAACACUUUUACUGUCUCACUCCCCUCCCAUCUCUGGAAAAAGGGGCCCAAGGAUGUCUGAAAGCUAUGAACUUACAUGGUCCUACAGCUACUGUAUUCAACUACGACUUGCUUUGUGGAUCGUUUCAUUUUUAGUUUUGCUGUAUUUUUAGCCCUCCUGUAUUAAUAAUGAAUUCUAUAUUUUAAUAGAAGAUUAAAACAAAAAUCAAAGAAUUGCUUAAAGUACACCCAUACGCCUUUUUAGGAGAAGAAAUGUGUACACCAGGUGUGAUAUUUUAUGGGAAAUAUGACCAUGAAAAGCUGUGUGUUUGAGUGAGUGUUACAUGAACUGUUCACUUUUAAACUGGAGUUCUUGUGUAAACUAUGUCCAGACCACAAAGUAGGAUGCUUGGAUGAGCUGCAGGGGACUACAGCUUCAACUAUAUUUCCUUAAACAUGCAGAAUGUGAAUUUCGUUUUUGUUACAGCAUAUAUAUAUAUCAGGGUUUUGUUUCCAGUGUAAAUGUGAACCAAUUUCUUUUUUUGUGCCCCUCUUUUUGUCUCCAGUAUCCUACAGAUUGUGUCUUCAUGGCUUUGAGUCUCCAUCUGGAUUUAACUUAAUGUGUAAUGACUGUUUCCAUAAGAUUAAAAAAAAAAAAGAAAAGAAAAAAGAAACUCCUGUAUCUGUUACUUGAAAAUAUCACUAUUAGGAUGUAUUAUUUCAGGGUAUGGCAAAAGGGUUUUUAUUUCUGAAGGGUAUGAGAGGGAAAUCAACAUUGCCAAAAACAAAGUCUGUGUUAUAAUUUUUAAGCAGUUUAUUUUUUAUUUUUUUGUAAUUGUAUCAAGGUUUAAGGAUAGACUUGUUUUAAUAUGGACUUUAACAAUCUUCAUUUUGUUUUUUUCCACUCCAGUCUGGAAAGAAUUUUUGUCAGUGGCAGCCAUGUAACCUUUUCCAACUUACCGAGCUCAUGCCAUAACCUCUGAUUUUUCUUUUUUUUUUCUUUUCUUCUUUUGCUCAAUUGUAGGUUAUUUAAAAAUAAAACCCUACAACUUAA